GGGGCCGGGCUGGUGAUCUAUUCUCUCUGACUGCUGGGUACUGAAUAUCGGUGGCUCUACUGGUGUUCCAUGUUACUCAGUUCUUUUAAACAAAUUCCUCGAGGUCUUCUCACUUCUACUGUGCGUACUAUACAGUCGACCUCAGUUAUGCCGAAAAAAGAAGCUAAGCCGGGAAAAAGUUGUAAGAAAGAAUUAUCCCAGCCAUCUAAUCCCACUGGCCCAGUGACGGUAGACAAAACUGGAUCAAUUACUAUUGCUAUUCAUGCCAAGCCUGGUUCCAAGCAAAAUGCAAUAACAGAUGUAUCGUCAGAGGCUGUCGGUGUAGCAAUCGCUGCCCCUCCAACAGAAGGAGAAGCAAAUGCAGAGUUAUGCCGGUACCUGUCAAAGGUUUUAGAAGUGAAAAAAAGUGAGGUUAUGCUGGAUAAGGGUGGGAAAUCUCGAGAAAAAGUAGUAAAGAUUUCUGCAGCAAUAUCUCCUGAAUUGGUUUUAAUGAAACUAAAGGAAGAGGCAUCAGAAAGCUGAAGAACAUUUAGCUGGAAGAGGACAUAAUUAUGUUGAACAAAAUGCAACCAAAAGAGCAACUCAGCUGAUUUGUUUUGCUAGGAACAGAGAGGCUGAAUCUGACAACAAUAUAUAGAGAACCUGAGAGAACACUGAAUAUUAUGCAUGUUUCUUGUUGUGUAUAUGGAGUGAGAGCAAGUACAUUAUAACAUCAGUGCUAAAUAUGUAAAUUCAUCAAUAAAAGUAAAUAAUGAUUUAUUUCUUUUUUAACAAAACCCGACCGAUAAUAAAGUAAUAUUGAGCGUA